CGUCUGUUCCGCUUGUUCUCGUGUUGUCCCCUGGCGCGGACCCGAACUUGGAGUUGGACCGCCUUGCGGAGCGGCGGGGGAUGAGCAGCCGCCUCUUCAAGCUGUCACUUGGGCAGGGGCAGGGGGUCUUCGCACGGCAGCUCAUCGAGGAGGGGGUGCGUGGCGGGCACUGGGUGUUCCUCCAGAACUGUCAUUUGUAUCAAGACUUUAUGCCGGAGCUGGCACGUAUCGUUGAAAACUACAGCGACAGUGGCGCAAAGGCCAAGCUGAACGAUCAAUACCGUCUGUGGCUCACAUCCCUUCCGAGUGAGACGUUUCCCAUCUCCAUCCUGCAGAAUGGCGUCAAGCUUGUGCAAGAGCCUCCGAAGGGUCUCAAAAACAAUCUCAUGCAGUCGUACCUCUCAAAUCCCGUGGCGGACCCCAAGUUCUUCAAUUCCUCCAAUAAGCCCUCAAUCUGGAGAAAAAUGCUUUUUGGGCUUUGCUUUUUCCACGCCGUGGUGCAGGAGCGUCGCCAGUUUGGGCCCCUGGGCUGGAACCGAAUGUACGAGUUUAACGACACGGACCGUCGUAUUAGCGUGCGGCAGCUCAACAUGUUUCUUGACGAGAAUGAGGAGGUCCCCUACGAUGCCCUGUUGUAUCUCACGGGUCAGUGCAAUUAUGGUGGUCGUGUCACGGACGAUUGGGACCGCCGUUGCAUUGUGGCGACACUCUCGCUCUACUUAACACCACUGAUACUAGAGGACGACUACGUCUUUUCUUCAGACGCCCCAAACUAUUAUGCCCCACCCUUCGGUGAGUACGAAUCCUACGUCGAAUACAUUCGAGGACUGCCCUCACAACAGCCCCCCGCCGUCUUUGGGUUGCACGAGAACGCCGACAUCACAAAGGACGAGCGGGAGACGAGGGUUCUUCUUGAGGCCACACUCCUGACGCAGCCGCGUGAAUCCUCCGAUGUGGAUUCAAAGCUGGACCCCAAGGCAACUGUAAAAGAUCUGGCGCACCACGUCCUCUUGCGAUUACCAAAGCUGUUUGAUAUUGAAGAAAUACAGCGGAAGCACCCAAUUGAUUACUCGCAGUCCAUGAACACGGUCUUGCUGCAGGAGACCAUACGGUACAGGCGUCUGUUACUGAUUGUACGCCAAACACUUACUGACAUUCAAGAUGCCAUCAGCGGCAAGGUGGUGAUGAGCGCGGACCUGGAGGAAGUCUUCAAUGCCAUGUACGACGGAAAGGUACCGGAUGUUUGGAAGAGGCAGUCCUACCCAUCGUUGAAGCCCUUUGGCUCCUAUGUGAGCGACUUAAUUGAGCGCCUGGGGUUUCUUCAGAAGUGGUGUGAUGAGGGCCCACCGCCGAUGUUUUGGAUCAGUGGAUUUUUCUUUACACAGUCUUUUCUGACGGGUGUGAUGCAGAACUAUGCACGCAAGUGGAAGGUCGAAAUCGACAAACUCGUGUGGAAGUUUUCUGUUCUUGCCGAGGAGACGUGCACGACGGCUCCCGAGGACGGUUGCUGCAUCUACGGCCUGUUCCUGGAAGGCGCGGGGUGGGACCCCGUCAAUGCCGCCAUCUGUGAAAGCAGACCGAAGGAACUUUUUAUGAAAUUUCCUCUUUUGCGGUUGCUUCCGUGUCGUUCACAGGAGCUGCCGGACACGCCCGUGUACCGAUGCCCCUGUUACAAGACGACCGACCGCCGUGGUGUGCUAUCCACAACUGGCCAUUCCACCAACUUUAUUCUCACCAUCGACUUACCAAGACACCCGGCGGAUUCUGAAAACCACUGGGUGCUGCGGGGAGUAGCGCUUUUCACGCAGCUUCCCUUUUAG